UUUUCCCCAAGGAGGUGCAAUUGCAUUUGAAAGAGUAAUACGACUAACUUCAAGAAGUAAAGCCAUGUGCGAAUCUUGCGGCGCGUCACAAUAAGGAAUAUCAACAUUUUUCUAUGUUCUUUAAAAUAUUUUUAAUGAUGUUCUGUUGAAAUUAAGUGAAUAUAAAGUGCUUGUAAUUCACCAUGAAGAAUAAACCAAUCCGUCAUAAAGAAACAAAUACUUUUCAGUUUAAACCAUUUUCUGAAAGAAUCAAUGAAGUUGACGUUGAUGUAUUUCAUCGCGUUGCCCACCGGAAUGAAGAAAAUGACGAAGUUGAAACAUAUUUUCACGAAACUCUACAAAAAUGGAACUUCCUUAACCUCACAGAAGGUUAUUGCAGUUUCAAAAAAGAAGUUCGUGAUGUUGUUACGCUUACCCAGUUGAUUAAUCAGAAAGAAUUUGUGGUUAAUAAAUUGAUAGAAUAUUUAAAAAAGAAAGAUAUCUCUUUCUUACAGCCAAUUUUAGAAUUGGUGGUAGCUGUGUCAAAAGAUUUGCAGAAAGAAUUUUAUGAAUAUUUUCCUAAAUUUUUAACUGUUAUGAUUGAUUUAUUACAUACAAAAGAUACAGAUCAAAUAGAAUAUACAUUUACAUCAUUGGCUUACUUAUUUAAGUUUUUAUGGAGGUACUUGAUAAAGAAUGUAAAAACAGUGUUUGAUUUCUUGUUACCAUUAUUGGAAGAUACACAGCCAGCUUAUAUAAAUAAUUUUGCAGCUGAAAGUUUUGCAUUUGUGGUACGCAAGAUUAAAGAUAAAGAAUCUUUCUUGAAGUUGGUACUACAAAUAUUGGAAGAUAAUCCUACUGUAAUACCAGGAUGUGGAAAGUUAUUAUUUGAGGUAGUACAUGGUUUGCCAAGACAAUUUCACUCAUGUGCAGAGCAGAUGCUGAUGUUAUACUUCAGUGCAUUAAAUAAUGAAGCUGUCAGUCAGCACUUGGCAUUCAAAGUACUAAAAGAAAUUAUUAGUUGCAUCUUGCAACACAUCCAUCCACAGAAAUGUAAUGUAUUCUGGUCGGUGAUUUUAAGUAAUAUAGAUAUUACUAUUGAAAAUAGUAAAUGUUUCCAAUCAACAAAUGAAAGAGAGAAGAGUUUAAUACUUCUAAUGCAGUUAUUGCAUACAGUGGUAAUUUACAAAGAUGGAAGAUUAGUUACAGAUCCUGUACCUUUGAUGAAGCAGCUUGUAAAGGCUUUAAGAACUUUUGAAAAUGAAAAUGAUGUAUUAGAAAAAAUUACAAAAGUAGCAGUAGCAAUACUUUUGGCCACGAAUGUUAAAUUAAUGCAAGAAACAUCUAGUCAAAUAAUACUUCAACUUAUGUGCAUACAAGAUAUUAAAUUAUUGUAUGAUGUUGUCAAUAAUUUAAUGAAUCAUUCAUCAUUUGAAACUUUGAUAUUACCGCACAUAAUACGAUACAGCAUUUCUACUAGUUUUAAUAAUGAUACCUUGGCACUGCUUACUGAUGUCAUAAAAACUAAAGCUCCACUAUGCAUUAAUGGCAUGAAUUUGAGCAAAUGGACAAAGUAUAAAUUAGAUAUACGAGGUGCUACAUCUGAUAUUAUCAAUUAUCUUCUUAAAGAGUUAGAAAGUUUAUCAAAUGAUGAUAUACCAAUGAAUGCAUUAAGAAUGUUAAUCAUUUUACCACAUUUGGAGCCUUUAUCAGAAGCAUUCGAAGAUGCAUUAAAGAAAGGAGUAUUGUCUCUAUAUAAACGAAUACUAAAUCAUAAUGGGACAGAAACUGAUCUAACUAAAUUGUGUCUACCAUUUUUAAUAGCUUUGGAGUCAGCAGUUCAUCUUCUAGAACCUGAAAUUUUAUACAACUUUAUGGACACAAAUGACAUUAAAAUAUUAGAUCUUGUCACUAAAUAUCCUGAUAACAAAAUCAUUCUGAAUGCAACAGAUUUAUGUAUUACAUAUUUUAGUACAACGCAAUACCGAGAGAUGUAUGUGAAUCAAACUGUUUUUGAUAACUUGAAUGAUAACAUUGCAUCAAACUUAAGUUCCCCAUUCAGAGAAGUCCGUUUAAUUGUGACUCAUUUGUAUUCUUUGUUUUCUAAUGUUGAAGAAAUUAUGUUAUCUGUCUCCAGUGAAAAUAAAGAGACAACUGCUAUGGAACAUAUGUAUUUAGCAGAAUGUGAACCUAUAACAGUACAAAGUUAUAGGGAUAAGCUACUACAUUUGCAAGCAUUAUCAUUUGAAAAUAAGGUAGCGUUAAAUUUCGAUCCUAAGUAUUAUAAAUUUCCACUACAAUAUUUAUUAGGCAAUUUGUACAUAAAUUUUUCUUUGUUAUGGGAACCUGUAAGUAAAAUUAUAGCAACAUAUGCAGAUAAAAAUUGUGAACAGUUUUGGCCAAUAUUCUUAGCUGAACUAAAACAUGAACAUCAAGCACUUACAGAUUAUAAACCAGUAUUUGAGUGCAAAACUAUUUCCGAAAUAGAAAUUGCAAUACAAAAAAGUAAUGACAAACCUGAUUAUGCAAAUCAUAAAGUUUUGUUGUGGAAAUGUAUGAUAAACUUCUCACAUUUUUGUGAAAUGAAGAAUAGAGAUAUUACAGGAUUGUUUAUUGAUUUUGUAAAUGACAAUUUUUUUAAGUCAAAUUCUGAAGAUGGCAAAUGUUGUAGUAUUUUGAAGAAGGAAGAAUUAAAUUCUUCCAAUAAUAAUAUGGAAAUUGACGAACAAAGUGAAAGUGAUAAUGAAUUAGAUGAAAAUGAAGAAAAUAAGGAGGAAGCAAAAGAAUCUGCACCACCUUCUAAAGAACCUAAACAAACAUCAACAUUUAUAAGCAAAAAUUAUAAGACAAAGCUUCUCAUUGCUCAACUGGAGAUAUUUGGAAAGGUAGCAAACCCAAGAACAUUAUACAGAGAACCAGAGAUGCAUAGAAUUUAUUUGGAUUUACUGUCAUCAAAAAAUGCUGAUAUUCAAAAAGCUGCUUUAAAUUGUCUUCUUACCUAUAAAUACAAAUAUCUGUUACCGUACAAGGAUAAUUUAUAUAAUUUAAUUAGUGAACAGAAUUUGAGGAAUGAAGUUACAUACUUUAAAGUUGAUCAAGAAAGUAGCAUGAUACAAAGUGAGCAUCGUGAUGAAUUCAUACCUAUAUUAAUGAGAAUAAUUUAUGCGAAAAUGGCUUUAAAGACAGGAAUGAGAACUGGCGGUAAACUUGGUGGACUUAAUAGACGAAAAUUGAUUUUACGUUUCCUAGCCGGUGUUCAAGAAAAUGAAAUGAUAAUAUUUAUACAAAUGGCAUUUAAGCCUUUCAGGCCAUACAUGUCAUUUGAAGUGGAUGAAAAAAUUGAUUUGAACCAGCUUACACAGAAUAUCAUUGAUACCAUUGAUUUAAACAAUGUUAUUCCACCCAAACGAUUACAGAGUGCUGUAAAUUUACUUACAAUACUGAUAGAACAAUUUGGUAGCAAAAUGAAUAAAAAAUUGUUGCCUUGUUUACUUGGUUUGGUAUUAUGUAUCUUAGCACAAGUUACUGGAAUUUUACAACAGAGGGAUAAAGUGUUUGUUGGUUAUUUACAAGCUGUUAGAAAUGUACGAAAUAGUUGUAUUUUAAUACUAGCAAGAUUCUUCAAUCAUUUUGAAGAUUAUGAAUGGAGGGAACACGAAAUAGAUGCUUUAUUCAACGUGGCUGUAUUUCCAUGGUUGCAAAAAUUACCUAUGGAAGGUAUUUAUAGUCCAACACCUUUACUGAAGCUAUUUAUGGCAUGGGGGCAAAAUUCCCGUUUUUACCCACUGUUUAUAAAACAUCAAAAAGAUGAUAAGACUCUAAGUCCCCUUCCAUACAUCAUGCAGCUUCUUUUGGGACCAAACACUCAUGCAUCUGUAGUUAACGCUAUUCUCGACGUGAUUGAAAAAAUGGUAACACUUCAAGAUUAUGGAAGAACAAAUGAAAAUGACAUGGAAACUGAUACACCUCUUGUUCCUUUGACACCUGUACUUACCAAUUUGCUGGAAGUAAACGAGGAAGCCUUGUCCAGUGGAACUAAUUAUGGAUCUACUAUACUUCUUCCUCAUGUUUUUAGUAUUUUGGAAUAUAUUAAAAAUAAGCUUGACAAGUCAAACAAAAAAAUAAAUAAGACAGAAUUGAUCAUCUUAUCACGCAUUUCAGAAUUUGUAAAAGAUCCGAGUGCAUGUGAUAUACUUGUUACUCUUACUUUACCAAUAUUGAUUAAAAAAGCAGCUGCUGGGGGAGAGGAAACGGCUUUGGAAUUAAUUGCAACUGUUAAAAAUCUUAUAAAACAUGUUAAGCAACCAACCAUUCAUUUGCGUGCAAUCUUACCCUUAUUAGGCAUAGUAUCAGCAACUCCUGCAAGGAAACUGCUAUUGGAACUAUAUGGGACAAUUGUAGAAAGAUCAACUGAUGAUUGCCGUGAGACACUCAUAAGAAAUUAUAAUUUAAUAAGCGCACUUAACGCGUGGGAUCGUAAAUGGGUCGACCAACCAGAUUUUCAAAAAAGACUGGAUGCAUUUUCUGAAAUUAAUAAUGCAAUAGAAAAGAAUGAGAUCACAUUGGAGUUUGGUGUAGCUAUUAUACAUAAUUGUUAUUAUUUUCUAAAAACUGAAGCAGAUUUAGCCUUAAGGGAUUAUUCAGGACAAUGUCUUAAACUUCUUGGUUCAAAAUUGGCGAAAGAGCACAAGGAAAAUAUACCAAACAGACGUUACUUAAUAGAUGAUACAAUUUUAGUACUUUUAAAAAGUGGAAUAACUAGCAAAAAUGAAGUUGUGCGACUUCAGUCAAUCGCUUUCUUAGGCCAUAUGGCUAUAGAAUGUCCUGACGUGCAUCCUGUUUUCCGGGAUUUGGCACUACUAGCUAAUAAGCAGGAUCCUGAAGUGGAUUUCUUUGAAAAUAUGCAACAUUUGCAGUUACACAGAAGAGGUCGAGCGUUGCUCAAAUUUUGUAGUGUAGCAAAGACAAUGAAAAAGAAGUUCAAUCCAAGAACUUUAACGCAAUUCAUUCUACCUUUUGCUUCCAUGUAUUUGUGCAAUGAAAGCUACAUACAUAAAAAUAGUAUCAUUGAUGCUGCAAUAGAAACAGUUGGAACUGUGUGUAGACUUUUACCAUGGUAUCAGUAUGAAAUUAUAUUAAAACACUAUUUGGACAAACUAAAAACUUCUGUUAUUUUUCAAAGGCAAGUUGUUAGGGUAGUCGUUAUUAUAUUAGAUUCCUUUCAUUUUAAUUUAUCAAAAUAUAAACAUACAGAAGGUUCCUCUGAAAUAAAAGGUAUCGAACAAUCUGUAAAUAAUGAAAUAUCUGCUGAGAAAAAAGAAGAAAAUGUGGAGAAUGAUGAUGAAAUUGUAAACCAAGAUAUUGAAGGAAAAUUAGAGGAAACUUUAAAAUCUAAAGGGUUGGAUGAUCCUGAAGAAACUGUGGAGAAAGAUCAAGUGGAGGAUGUGCCUGUAAUAGAGAAACAAAUAGUACUUUCAGCACAUGGAGCCCAAAAGGUUAUAACUACUAUAUCCAAAGACUUGUUGCCCCAACUUCAUCGGUCCAUCAUAGCAAAAACAAGUGGUGAAAGUAGUCAUAAAGUCAAUAAGAAAAACGUUGCAGCAAAAAAUGAGGAUGAAGAAUUAAUGCGAGUUCCCAUUGCACUUGCUAUGGUUAAAUUGUUACAGAAACUACCUGAAAGCAUUUUAGAUAUCAAUUUACCAGGAAUCUUCAUGAAAUUAUGUACAUUUUUAAAAUCGCGUUUGGAAUCGGUGAGACGCGUUACACGGGACACAUUACAAAAAGUUAUGAUAACUCUAGGUCCAAAAUAUCUUUCUUAUCUAUUAAGAGAAAUGAACACAUUAUUGACAAAAGGUUUUCAAGUUCACGUUCUUGCAUUCACAGUGCAAUCAGUAUUGGUUGCUUUGAAACCAUAUUUCCAGAAAUUUGAUAUCAAUCAGAAUCUUCAGAGCAUUUUAUCCGUAUGUAAAGUAGAUUUGUUUGGUUUAACCGGAGAAGAGAAAGAAGUACUAGGAAUCGUGAAAACUGUUACAGAAGCAAAAUCAACAAAAAGCUAUGAUAUUUUCCACAUAUUAGCGCAAUAUAUCACAGAAUCUUGUUUAGUGGACUUAAUUUUGCCAUUGAAAGAGGUGCUUGUAAGAACGCAUUCGCAUAAAACAUUGCAGAAAAUAGUGGAAUGCUUAAGGAAUGUUGUAUUGGGUUUAGCUGAUAAUACUUUUAUACCAUUAGAGCAAAUGCUGAUAUUUCUUUAUGGUAUCGUUUCUGAAAGUAUUCCCGAAUUCUUGCCUGAGAAGAAGGAUAAAGAAAUUACAGAGAAGGAAGCAGAGGCAUUGGCUAGGCAAAAACCAGAUUGUUUCCUUAUACCACCUGAACCAAAAAACAAGAUGGGUAUAAAAGUUACAUCUAAAAUCACAAAAAACACCAAUGUCCAUGUUAUUAUAGAAUUCGGUUUAAAGCUUCUCCAUAUUUUAUUGAAAAGAGAAAAAGUGGGCAAAGAAUUAGAUUGUUUCCUAGAUCCAUUUGUACCGCUCAUAAGUGAUUGCUUGAAGUCUCAACAUGUCAAAUUAAGCACUUUAGGUUUACAGUGUUUAAAUUGGUUACUUAAGAAAGAUUUAUCUUCAAUAAAAGACACAAUCUCGGACAUUUGUACAUCUAUUUUCGACAUACUACACAAAUAUGCUGCAGAAGGUUUGAGUAAGGGAGAUAACUUUGAUCUUGUAAUGGCUGGAUUCAAAUGUAUGUCCGUACUUGUUCGUGAUGUGAAACAUCACACAAUUAACGAAGAUCAGUUAAAAGCUUUGAUCAUCUACGCUGAACAAGAUAUGUACGACAGUGAUAGACAUGCGACUGCAUUUAGUUUGCUCAAAGCGAUAAUCUCCCGGAAAAUGAUUAUUCCUGAAAUGCAUCAAGUAAUGGAAAAGGUUGCUACUUUAAGUAUUACAUCAGAGUUAGAACACAUUAGGCAACAAUCCCGGGCCGUCUUUUAUUCAUAUUUGAUGGAAUACCCUCUUGGUAAAUUACUAAAUAAACAUAUACUGUUUUAUCUAACACAAUUGAGCUAUGAAAUGCGACCAGGUCGACUGAGUGCCUUAGAAAUGAUUCAUAACAUUGUUACCGGCUUCCCUUUGAGAACCUUGCUUAUGAAGUCAGACAUGAUAUUCAUAAUGGCAGGUGCAAGACUGAUAAACGACGAUGAUCCGACAUGUCGCAAAUUAUGUGCCAAAUGUAUUAAAGAAAUGAUCUCUCGUUUCCGUUACAAUAAAAGGAGCAAACUUUUUGAUAUAGUCAUGGAAUGGUUAAAGGAUACUAAAAUAAUGCAUCGUACAUUGGCUGCUCAACUAUGCGGUAUAUUUGUGACAGUGGAGAAAGAUACUUUCGAGUCUCGUCUAAAAGAAUUAUUACCCUAUCUUUUAAAACAAUUCCACGCAAAUAUGGACGAUGAUAAACCUGGCCGUUUUGUAAAAUUACGUACAGAGAAAGAAACCAAAUUACAAAUGAAUCGUAAUAUUAAGGAUCCGGAAAGAAUGAAAGAUCAUCAUAUGUUCCAAGUUUUACAGUUAUUGUUAAAAAUAUCAGCAAAUUGUAGUACAUUCCUUAAGAAGGACGAGUACCAAGAUGCUGUUCGCUCAAUUGCUGAAUACAGUCAGUCUCUAUUGGCCCAUCCUCAUAUAUGGGUUCGCUUAGCAGCAUCUCAGUUGAUCGGUUUCAUCUUGGCUACCCUUAAUGUCGAUAAGAUUAUAGACUUCGUGGAAAAUCCUGAAAAGUGUGAAGAGGAAAGUCGUUACAUGUAUUCUGAUCCUAUUGCUACUAUCAGAAGUUUGUCUUUAGACUUGAUUGCACAAUUGCAACCCGAUAUGGCGUUGGAGGAGUUAGCGGAUCAAACUGUUAAGAAUUUGAUAUUCAUUGCAAAAAUCUUAAAAUCUAUAAAAUCAGUUAAUAUUGCAACAGAAGACGAAGAUGGCAAAACAACAGAUACAGAUAGGAACCAGUUAUCACUUCCUUGGCUUGUUAGACGAUUGAGGAAGUCUGUAAAUAUAGAAAUAACUAAAGCCCCUAAUUCCACAACAGUGAGGACUGCUUUCUUCAAAUGGGUUGCUGGAUUAGUGGCCACUGUACCUAUGGAAUAUUUAAAUGUGGUGCUGUUUAAUAUUAUGUCACCAAUUGUACGCGAAAUGUCCACAAUAGACGAAAAGAAUACUAGUUUAAGACGACUGGCAAAAGAAGCUGCUACAAUGAUUAAGAAGCGUUUGGGUAAUGAAGAAUAUAUUGGGUUAUUGAGUAGAGUACAACAGCGGUUAGACAUUAAGAAAACAGAGAGAAGAAAAACACGUACGCAACAGUUUGUCACGGACCCAGAAUUGGCUGCUAAACGUAAAAUUGCAAGGCAGCAAAAGAAGAAAGAAGCUAGGAAAAGGAAAUUGGAUACCAUGAGGGGGAAGAAAGGAACGAAAAAGCGACCUAAGAAAGAAAUAGAUUUGGACGUUAUGUAACCAUUUUGUAUAAGUAAAUUUCUAAAAGAGUAAAAGUUAUAAUGUUUACGACCUAUUUAAAUAGUAAUCUAAUCUGUAAUAUGCAUGUAUUAUUGUUUUCUAUUAUAAUGAAAUAUUUAAAAAAAUUAUAUAUUUAUUUAUGUAUAUAUUAUGCACAUACAUACAGAUAUAUUUUAUUAUUUGAAAGCUCAACAUUUUACGAGCUCUUAUUGUAAAAUGAAAAAUACGUCUAUUAGAAAAACGAUCUAUUGAAAUACAAGUUUUUAUGCUGUAACAUUGUUAUAUUUCAAUACACAAUAUCUAUAUCUUUAA